UUCCAUGACAACUGCUUCCAAGAAUGGUGAAGACAUUCCAAGCCUACUUACCGCCCAAGUGCCAUCGCACAUACAGCUGUGUGCAUUGCCGUGCACAUCUUGCUAACCAUGAUGAACUCAUUUCCAAGUCUUUCCAAGGAAGUUUAGGACGUGCCUACCUCUUCAACUCUGUUGUCAAUGUUGGGUGUGGCCCUGCUGAAGAGCGUGUCCUCCUUACAGGUCUUCAUGCAGUUGCAGAUAUCUACUGUGAAUGCUGUAAAACCACCCUUGGGUGGAAAUAUGAACAUGCCUUUGAAACGAGCCAAAAAUACAAAGAAGGCAAGUUCAUUAUUGAGUUGGCCCACAUGAUUAAAGACAAUGGCUGGGAGUGAAGUUAGACAUUUUUGAUGGCACGGCAGAGGUGAUGCAUGGCUUGUUCCUCUGCUAAACCACUACAGCAGGAACUUUUUGAAGGAGAGGAAGGAAGAGGGAGGGAGAAAAAAAAUUUUUUCAUACCACCACUCCUAUAAAAAAAAAAAAAUAUUAUUUAAACGAUAUAUAUAUAAAUAAAUAAGAGUGACAGAAAGAAAGAAAGAAAGAAAAGAAAACGGAAUCCAUUUGCUAAUUAUUCUGUUUUUAAUUGUUUGUUUUUCUCUUUUCCCAUCUUUCUUUUUACCAUCAUUUCAUUACAGUCUCCUCUCUCUCCUCUCUAUUCAUAUCUUGUCUGUCUGUUUGUCUUUCUUUCUCUCUCUCUCUCUCUCUCUUUCUUUGUUUUUUUCCUUUCACUCUUUGUCUAUGUCUUUCUCUCUGUCUUUCAUGUGUACAUCACACACUCACACACAUAUAACGAACAUGCAUGCUUGCCCAUACCUCCCAAUGCAUUUUAUUGCAACCAACAGUCCAUUUCUCAAAGCUUCCUUUCUUUCUUUUUUCCCCUUUUCUUUUUUUCUGUUCCUCUUACUUUCACUACCCUCUAUAUAAUCCCCAAACAGAAGCUUAAUUGCUUUCAGAUCAUUAUUAUUAUUAUUAUGCUCAAUAAAAUGAGUAGCAGUAAACUACUGGGGGUGAUCAAUAUACACCCUCCCUCCUUCUCCUUGCCCUCCCCAAUUUUCUUUUUUUGGCUUUGUGCCAAAGUUCUUCAGUUUCCAUUUCUUUGUUACUACCACCACCACCACAACAAUUACUACUACUACUACUACUAUUUAUCUGUAAUCAUCAGCUGUUUAUGCCUUAUUUGUAAUUGGGGUUACAUACAUCCAAUGUCACACUACAAUGCACCUCACCACUCCAUCUCGUGCCACAGCAGCACACCACACCACACCACACUACACCAUUUCACCAUCACUUUUUGUCCUCGUCUCACUGCUGUCAUGUCACUAUCAACACAUACAACCACACACACACACACACACACUGUUACUACUACAUCUCUCUCUCUCUCUCUCUCUUUCUCUCUCUUUGAACAACUUCUCUCAUGAACCACCAACGACAAUAACUAUCCAAUGAUCUCGUUUUUUAACUAUGCUGUCUGGGUUUUUUUUU